GGUGAAUGUUUCGUGCAAUGCAUGCAAAACGUUGGCACGUACGUCUGGUACGUAGCAGCAGCUAGAGAGAGUUUAAGGAGAAGAUCUAGCUCUAAAUACUCGUACGUGGUUGCGCGCGCGGCAGAGAGAGAGAGAUGAUGGCAGAGCAUGGCGCUGCCUACAUGCUUGCCGCGGCAAUGGCCCUUGGAGUGCUUGCAGCCAUUCCUGCAGUAGAAUCGAUUGGCGUCUGCUACGGCGUGAACGGCGACGGCCUGCCGUCGGCGAGCGACGUGGUGGAGCUCUACAAAUCCAACGGGAUCAGCGCCGUGCGAAUCUACUACCCCGACGGCGACGCCCUCCGGGCUCUCAGCGGCACCAACAUCGGCGUCAUCAUGGACGUGGGCAACGACCAGCUCGGCUCCCUCGCCUCCGACCCGGCCGCCGCUUCCGCCUGGGUCCAGGCCAACGUGGUGCCCUACCAGGGCGCCGUCAACAUCAGGUACAUCGCCGUCGGCAACGAGGUGUCGGGCGGCGACGCGGCGAGCAUCCUCCCGGCCAUGCAGAACCUCAACAGCGCGCUGUCGGCGGCCGGCCUCGGCGGCAUCAAGGUGUCCACGGCGGUUUCGCAGGGCGUGACCGUUGGGUACCCUCCAUCCAAGGGCGCCUUCUCCUCCGACGCGUCCUCCUACAUGACGCCCAUUGCGCAGUACCUGGCCAGCACCGGCGCGCCGCUCCUCGCCAACGUGUACCCUUACUUCUCCUACGUGGGGACGCCGGGGAUGGACAUCGGCUACGCCCUCUUCACCGCGCAGGGAACGGUCGUGCAGGACGAGGGGAACGGGUACCAGAACCUCUUCGACGCCCUCGUCGACACGUUCUACUCCGCGCUCGAGAGCGCCGGGGCAGGAGGCGUCGCCGUCGUCGUGUCGGAGAGCGGGUGGCCGUCGGACGGGGGCACCGCGGCGAGCGUGGCCAACGCGCAGACGUACAACCAGAACCUGAUCAACCAUGUCGGGCAAGGGACGCCCAAGAGGCCUGGGGCCAUGGAGGCGUUCGUAUUCGCCAUGUUCAACGAGGACAAGAAGGGCGGGGCCGAGACGGAGAAGCACUUUGGACUGUUCAACACGGACAAGUCGCCGGCCUACUCCAUCAGUUUCUAAACGGGGCCGAUUGAUCGAUAAAAGUACGUAGUUAACAAGAUGCCCAACACUUGCUUAUUUCUGGAUUUGAAUAAGGUGCAUGUAAUUAACAGGAUGAAUAACAUUUGCCCUUAAAGUGGGAAACGCUAUGCUUGCUUUUUCAUGAAAGGCAGGCGCUUAAAUUACUUUGGGAGUGCCUAAUUACAACAAGUUUAAUAGAGCUAUUUUACGGUACCCGAAA